ACCCUUUAUCGUUAAAUGAAACUAGUGAAAAAUGUAACAUACGUCGAGGGGGAAGUGCAUCCGGCGAACGAUAAUAACGAGCAUGAGAAAAACAGGACGGAUCUGAGAAUCGGAACGAACGAUGACCUAAAACAUGGAAUCCCGAGCACUCGGCUUGUUUCCUCGUGUUCCGUGACGGGCGAGUCCCGCUCGGAAUGUUUGUUCAUUGCACGCUUUACGCGAAACUCUUGUGUGGGUGUUAUUAUCUCGUUACAUCGUAGACUGGUGUUUUAUACGCAUGGGUUUAUAUAGCCCUGGCUGGUUCACGAAAUAGUUCACUUCCGGCGUCGGCAUUGCUAUCAGAGCGUGCGAAGAUUCAUAGUAACAUCGACGCUGACGAGAAAAAGCAAAAUGUCUUAAACAUACUUAUCCGAGGAAUCGAUUAAUUUUACGUUGCAAAGGAUGAUCGUUGCUCAAAGUAUCGAUUCUGUUGUCGCGAUAAAUCGUUCAUCGAUCGUCGAAAUCGAAACAAAUUUUUACGAAUCGAUUAAUCGGCUGAAGCAUGCCCUUAAACGUUUCGGCACCUUUAUCAUUUUUCUCGCAAGGAUACUAAGUUAUCGAUUAACCUUUGCAUCGAGAUCAAUAUGCCUUCCUUACGAUCGAAAAAUUAUGUUACGAUACGCGUUAGAUCGCGCUUGGAUAUAUCCAUCGACCAGAACGUUUGAGAAUACCAGGAAAGGAUGAUUGUUGACAAAAGCGAUGAAAGGUUCAAUUUUACGAGAAUAUAAGUUUUCAUGCGUUUUAUACGCGGUAAUUGCAGGUAUGACUUUACGAAUAUACAUUGCAUAUGUACGCGUGUAUGCGUCUUAAUUGUAUGGGAAAUUCGAGCUAAUUAUGAAUUAUAAUGCAAAACAUAACGCGUAUAUUGUGGAAAGUGAACGAUGAAACUCGGUGUUGUACGCGCUUUAACAAUGUGAAAAAAUUCAAGGAAUGACGUAAUCGAAUCGUAGAAAUGCCUACAAAUCAUUAAAUGGAAUGCGUUCAAUUUAUGAAACUUGACAUCUUACGUUUAACAUGAUCUAACAUGUAACAAGUGAUGUAAUGAUAAAUAAUUUAUUAUCAGCAGAUUGCGGAUUUUUAUGCAUUUACGGGAAAUUUAAAAUUGGAAAUAAAAGAUUGCGCAGACAUAACAUGAAAAAAUGUAUUAAGUAUCGAAAGUAUAAUAGCUUUCAUAAUACUUGGUAGGUAACACAACUUUCUACCGAAUCUUGUAGAUUUUUAAUUAUAUUCUGAAAAUUAUGAAUUUGCAUAAAUAUCCACAGUCUAAUCAUCGGAAUAUCUGGAAUGUGGCUCUGGUAAUUCUUUCGUGCGAAGCAUGGCUGUGAAUUCUUAUACACGUAAUUUUUACGUUCUAAGUAGUUCGGCAGUUGUACAACGGUUCUCUAUCCUCGAUAUUCGCGUAAAUCAUGCUUCAAUGCUGAAUUGGUAUUAUCGUCAAUCGUUCUUUACUGAAAAUAUCGCUGAAUAUUACCAUUCACUGCUUUUAAUCCGAAAUUUGAAACUUGAUAUCGUCUGAUGUUACAAACCGACCGUUAACCCAUAUCUGAAUAUGUUCGAAACUGGUACGACCGUACACAAUUCUAUUGGUUAGAGAACCUAAGUACUUUUGGUGUUUACAAAGUAUGGAGUAACAUGGCCGCCAGUUCUCGACGCGUAUGGAACCAGUUUCAGUAUGAAACCGGUUUGGAACUAGUUUCCAUUGGUUUUUCGGCCCCCUGCAAGACCGUGCCACGACCGAGAUUGGCACUCGUGUCGGACUUCUUUCAGAGAUUAGAACGGAGGUUACGUUACGAGAGUGUGCUAAUAUGGCCGAUAUUACAGAACAGAAAGGGGAAAACUUCGAUGAACAAAUGGAAAUCAAAGUGGAACCGACGCUGCAAGGGUAUGUUGAAGAGGAACACGAAAACGAUUUUCCCAGUUCUGACAGUAACAACGUAAUUCCUUCUAGUGCUGAUGUCGGUGCUUUAAAUUUAUGGACCAGUAAGGCCACCGCGUGUCUUAUUAGCCAGUAUAAGAAAUAUCAUUCGAAGGUAGGACAGUCGACUCAGAUUCGAAGUUUACGUGAAAUGUUCGAGAUGAUCUCUCUCGAGAUGCAAAAACAUGGCUUUUACUUUAGUCCGCAAAAAUGUGAGAACAAAUGGCGUGUUCUCGAACGAAAGUACAAGAAUCUUGUGUUUCGAGAACUUUUAAAAAAACCCGGUAGAAUGAGACAUUACGGACAAUGGGAACACAAAAGGGCGUUGGAUGAAAUUUUUAAAGAAAAGAAGAAACACAUGUAUUUGGAGGAAAGUGAUUUUCCACCGCCAUCCGGUUCCGCGAGAUAUAUGUUUAUUUUACCAAAAUCUAUAAACGAAGAACAAAGCAAUAUUAGCGUCGUCAAUCAGCAACAGGAGGACCCUCUUGCGGCGCCGUCCUCGAACUCCUCUACAAACAACAAGAGCGAAGCGAUGGAUCAGAAGGAAACCCCAACGACGCUUUUCGACAAAUUUCUUAACGAGAUGGCAAAACAUUUCGCGAUUGCGGAGAAAAAUAGAGAGAGGAGGCAUAAAGAAGAAAUGGCGAUGCGGCAAAGCGAGUUGGAAGUUCAAAAAAGACUAUUGAAAUUAAAAGAACAGAAAAUGGAGUUACAGAAAUGUCAAAUCAUCGCUGCUGCGCAGCAUUUACAUUUGAACAUGUAACGAAAACAUUUGAAAAUGUUGAUCAAAACAAAUUCUCUAAAAAGUCAAAUUUAAGACCGAGUGAUUCUAAAUUUAAGUUCAAUAUAGAUUUUUGUUAUAUCGUUUUUAUAUAAGAUAUUUUGUACGAAUAGAUUUAGCAGAAUAAUAUAAAAACAACUUAAUUAUUACAA